AUGUCCGCGGAUACAAUACCGAUAACGAUCGAGCUGGCUGGCGGCCUCGAACUCCUCUUUGAUAACGAAAAGAAGUUCAAUAUCGAUCUUCCUACGAAGACAAAAGAUGGCAAUGCUGCCAAUAUCAACUAUCUAGUUGACCAUCUAUGUGUCCACCAUAUGAAAGACACCCGGAGAGAUAUGUUCGAAAUAAACGGCACUGUGCGGGCUGGGAUUCUAGUUCUUAUCAACGAUGCAGACUGGGAGCUAGAAGGUGAAGGAGAAUAUGAACUUCAGCCCAAAGAUACGAUAUUAUUUGUAUCUACUCUACACGGCGGUUGA